UCUUAAAAAUUGCAAACAUUUUAAUUUUCGUAAUUUUCCAAUUAGGGAAUUAGUCAUUAUUUUAUUGGAGUAUCACAUAGAUGCCUUAGACUGAAAUUCGAAGUAUGGGUAUCUUUUCAUCCUGUUUCAAGGCAUCCGCAGACGAGUUACCUACUCCAAGUGCUGAGGUACGAAGACAGUUACAGAUUGAAGCAGCAGAGAGGAGACAAAGGGAAAAUGAAUCCAGGGGCAUAAAAGAUGUGGAAAGGGUAAAGAGGCAGCAGAAAUUGCAAGAGAAAAAGGACAGCGAACAAGGAGCAAUGGGAGAGCCCGUUCUCAAAUGGCAAUCAGGGUAGAUCGCUAAACGAUCCUGGGACUCAUGAAAAAAAAUUCACAACUCCUGACAACACUCGCCAAUCCAAAAAUCCCCAAAAGAUGUGAUGUUCUUCAAAUUAUGUAUUUUGUGAUUCUUUUGCAGCUAUUUUGCACAUUGUGUACGCUUUAUUUGUGAGCAAAAAAUCACUUUUUAAUAUUUCGAA